AUGACUUUCAUUAACCAUUUGCGACACAAAUUCGAGACUACCCCUCCGGAGACCGCAGACGUCGAUUGCACUUCAGGCCAGACUUCUCCUCCAGCGGAGAAAAGCCAUGUCGACUCCAAGGCACCUGGUGAUCCUGAGGUCGCAGAGCGUUCAGAUACCGGAGUAUCUGACAGUGAUAAGCUUCCAAGUGAAGAUGUUCAAGAUGGAGUACGGCAGGUUGAGGCCUUGACAUUGGUCUGGACCAAGACGUCGCUGGGAGCAGCGUACAUUCUUAUGUUUCUCCUCUAUUUCGUCAAUGGGUUUCAGUCUUCCAUCACUGGCAAUCUUUCGGCCUACAUCACGAGCGACUUCGAAUCGCAUUCGCUUCUGCCUGUCAUCUCGAUCGUAACAUCUGUGAUGGGUGCGGCAACAUAUAUGCCAUUGGCCAAAAUCCUCAAUCUGUGGGAUCGAUCUAUCGGCUUCACGAUCAUGGCAUGCUUUGCUACUCUCGGACUGAUUCUGAGCGCAACAUGCACCGGCAUUGAGACAUACUGUGCAGCACAGGUCUUCUACACGAUCGGGUUCACCGGCAUGACUUUCUCGAUCGAUGUCAUUACGGCAGACACUUCAUCUUUACGCGAUCGAGGUCUAGCCUACGCAUUCACUUCUUCGCCUUACAUCAUUGUGGCUUUUGCUGGACCAGCCGCAUCCGAGAAGUUCUACCAGACCAAUUGGCGAUGGGGUUAUGGCUGUUUUGCCAUCGUUCUCCCUGUUGUCGCCAUACCAUACAUUGCGCUUCUGAGAUAUAAUCGCCACUUGGCGAAGAAGCGAGGCCUGCUCAUCGAGAAAGAGAGCAGCGGAAGAUCUUUUGGCCAGAGUGUUUGGUAUUACAUCGUGCAGUUUGACCUCGUUGGCACGUUCCUCCUGGCAGCAGGUCUCGUUCUUUUCUUGCUUCCGUUCAAUAUUGCAGAAUCUGCCGAAAGUGGCUGGAAGCAAGGCUAUAUCAUUGCCAUGCUGGUCCUCGGAAUUGUCUGUCUCGUUGCUUUCGCUCUGGCAGAGCGAUUUAUCGCCCCGGUGCCGUUCCUCCCAUGGAACAUUCUGAUCUCACGGACUGUCCUGGGAGCCUGCCUGGUUGACGCAAUGUACCAGAUCUCCUACUACUGCUGGAAUGACUACUACACUUCCUACCUCCAGGUCGUAUUUGGAACCAGUAUACAAGUAGCGGGAUACAUCAGCAGCAUCUUCGAUGUGGUAUCCGGAAUCUGGCUGUUUGUUGUCGGCUUUGCGAUAAUGAAGACAGGCCGUUAUCGCUGGCUGCUCUACAUUGCAGUUCCAGUGUACAUCCUGUUUGAAGGGCUGAUGAUCUACUUCCGACAACCAGGAUGGAACCUUGGCUACCAAAUCAUGUGCCAGGUCUUCAUUGCCUUUGCUGGCGGUACCAUGAUCAUUGUCCAGCAGGUCGCGGUCCAAGCUGUUGCUGAUCACAACAAUGUCGCUACAGCCCUUGCUGUUCUCAAUGUCUUUGGGAACAUUGGUAGUGCCGUCGGAAGCAGUGUCAGUGGAGGCAUUUGGACUCAUACUCUGCCUGGAGCUCUGCAGAGGCUGCUGCCCGAUUCCACCAAAUCUGAUUGGGAGACAAUAUACGACUCUUUGGACGUCCAGCUGAGCUAUGCCAGAGGCACGCCAAUCCGACAUGCGAUAAGCAUGGCAUAUGCUGUUGCACAGAGCAGAAUGUUGAUUGCUGGAACCUGCAUCAUGGGUUUGUCGUUGGUAUGGAUGUUCGUGAUGCGGGAUAUCAAGUUGAGCAAGACACAGACCAAGGGUGUCCUGUUCUAA